AUGAUCAUUAUUGUCAAUAAGAUGGAUGCAACAGAGCCACCCUUUUCCGAAACACGUUUCAAUCAAAUCAAAAGUGAACUAUCAUCUUAUUUACUGAAUAUUGGUUAUCAACCAGAAACUGUACCUUUUAUUCCACUAUCAGCAUUGCAUGGUGAUAAUGUUAUUGAAGCAUCAGAACAUAUGCCUUGGUAUCAAGGUUGGUCAAUUGAUCGUAAAGAUGGUACUGUUACAGGUAAAAUACUGCUAGAAGCAAUUGAUGCUGUUAUUCCUUCACAAUGUCUUGUUGAAAAAUCACUUCGAUUACCAAUCCAAGAUGUCUACAAAAUUUCUGGUGUUGGUGCAGUAUCUGUAGGUCGCGUUGAAACUGGAUUGCUCAAACCGGAUAUGACGAUAAGUAUUGCUCCAGUGAACUUAAUAGCAGUAGUCAAAUCGAUUGAAAUGCAUCAUGAGAUUCUUGAUGAAGCUCGUCCUGGUGACAGUAUUGGUUUUAGCGUUCGAGGUGUUAGUUUUCGGGAACUUCGACGUGGAUUUGUCUGUUCAGAUGCAAAAAAUGAUCCGGCACAAGAAGCUGCAAGUUUUACUGCUCAAAUUAUCGUCCUUUACCAUCCUAAUCAAAUCUGCCAAGGUUAUACACCGGUGAUUGAUUGUCAUACUGCUCAUGUUGCAUGUACAGUUGUUGAAUUAAUCUCACAGAUUUGUCGUCGAACCGGUAAAGUUAUUGAAGAAGCUCCAAAAUGCCUCAAAGCAUGUCAAUCUGGUAUUAUUAAACUGAUUCCAACAAAACCAAUAUGUGUUGAAAAAUUUGCUGAUUAUCCAGCAUUGGGUCGUUUUGCGAUUCGUGAUAUGAAUCAUGCAGUAGCUGUUGGCAUUAUUAUAGACGUUGAAAAGAGAACAUCUCUUCCUAGCCAAGCGAUCGUAAGAACAAGUUCUGUCCCCGCUAAAGAAGAUAAAAAAUAG